CGCACUGUGAGCAAUACCCGCAGUCAGGCGGUGCCAAGGCUGUCCUCAUCACGUGAGACCCGCGGGUGCAGCACCACCAGGCAGCAGCCAUCAGCGGCAUCCCGUGGCUCUGCACGACUGAAAAGAAGCAGGAGCAACAGGCCCGGUGGGCCCGUGCGGGUGCGAGACAGCUCCCGUGUGCAGCGUCGGGCCCAAGCUCCCUAUGCACGGCCCAGAAGACGCUCCCAGGGCAGCCGCACACCAGGAGCACGAGCUGGGAGGAGCCCCCGCAGACAGGCUGCGCCCAGGCUGUCCCAGGGCUCACCAGCACGUGCGAGCCGCAGCCGCAGCAUCACAAGACAGCGGCCAUCAGCAUCAUCCCGUGGCUCCAGAGCACGACAAAGAGGCAGCGCUUCAAGAUCCACCGGGCCUGUGCGGGUGCGAGACCGCUCCCGCUCGCAACGCCGGGCCCAAACUCCCAAUACGCGGCGCAAAAGACGCCGUUAGAGCAGCCACACACCAGCACCACGUGCAAAGAGGA